AGAAAAAGAAAUAUGCCAACUUGACAUCAGGCUUGUAGCUGGAAUGGAUUCCCCUUCUUAAUGUACUCACCCUUAUCAGCUUCUAGCUACACUCAUAUCUGCCAUUAGCACCAGCCCCUUCUACAUCACAGCGAGAAAACCAGAACCAUGGAGGCGACGGGGGUGAGCUUGGGGAAGGCCGCGCUGGGCGGGGCACUGGGCUAUGCCACGUCCAAGGCGGCGGAGGAAAUCGCCCUACAGCUUGGUGUCGAGCGCGAUGUGAACUUCAUCAAGGAUGAGCUGCAGAUGAUGCAGUCAUUCCUGAUGAUGGCUGAUGAAGAGCAAAGCCAGAACAAGGUGCUCACUACCUGGGUGAAACAGAUCGGGGUCCUGGCCUACAAGGUGGAGGACAGCCUCAUGGAUUUUGGCCUUCACUCAGAGAAAAAGCCUUUCAUGGGGUGCAUCCCCCGCAACCCAGGUGAUCGGCGUCGCAUUGCCAAAGAGGUGAAGGAGCUGAGGGCCGAGGUGGAAGACGUGAGUAACAGGAACCUGCGCUAUCGCCUCAUCAAGGAGAGUUCAGGCUCCAAGCCUUCCGUGGCAGAGGAGCAGGCCAGCAUUGCCGCUGCGGCAAUGUUUGGCAUCAAUGAAGCAAGGCCUAACAUCUUGGAGCAUCAAAAAUCAUCAGAGGUCGACCUCCACCAGCUGAUUACCAACAACCAUGUUGACCUUAGGGUGAUCGCCAUGUGGGGAACAAAUGGUGAUCUUGGGAAGACAUCCGCCAUCCAGGAUGUUUAUGAUGAUCCAAAGGUAUCAAAAAGGUUUGGAUUCUGUGCUUGGAUUAGGUUGAUGCAUCCUUUCAAUCCACAAGAGUUCCUCAGGAGCUUGGUAAGGCAAUUUUAUGAAAAUUCCCAUGAUAUGGUUGGAGAGCCAUCUUUCAAUCCUCAAAAGUUCCUCCAGAGCUUGGUAAGGCAAUUAAAUGAAAACACUCAUGAUGUGGUUGGAAAAGCAGAACAAGAAACAAGUGUUGGGGCCGUUCUGGCCAAGAUGGAGAAGAUGGAUCAAAGUGAUUUAGUCCAUGUGUUUAAUGCACAGUUGUGUAGUAGUAGCUACCUAGUUGUCAUAAAUGACCUGUCCACAAUAGAAGAGUGGCAUUGCAUUAAGAAGUACUUUCCCGUCAACAAGAAACGAAGUAGAAUCAUCGUUUCCACACAGCAAGUUGAAAUUGCAAGCUUGUGCGCGAAGAGACCGUACCAAGUUUCAAAAUUCAAGCAGUUGUCAUGUGAUCAAACUAUUUAUUUGUUCCACACGAAGAAUUCAGAGGAGCAGAUCAGCAUGUGCUGUGUUUGUGGGGUAAUGUUUGGCAUCAAUGAAGCAGGGCUGGCUGUGGCAGAGAAUGAGAAACUGAAGGCUAUUUGUGCAUCAUGUUCUGCCGAGCCUGUUCCCGACCCAAAGAAAGUUAUUACUGCUGAGAAAAACACAGCAAUGCCCACUGAUGAAAUACAGAAGGAAAACCAAGAACCGAACAAUGUAGGUGAAGACAAAGCUUGCAACUCAACUGCUGGAAAGAAGUUUGAUGGCAGCAGGACACUAGCACUAGCUGAUGAAGUGAUCUGUGGGCGAGAAACAGAAAAAUCUGUUCUUAUCAAAUUAGUUGACCAACCAGACAAUGAUAAAGGCUGUAAGGUGAUCUCAGUUUGGGGAAUGGGGGGUCUUGGAAAAACCACUCUUGUCCGAAGCAUCUACCGAAGCCAGCAGCUUGGUGGCUGGAAACGUGCUUGGGCCACUGCAAUGCGUCCUUUUAACCCUGAGGCACUCCUUAGGGAUUUGGCUUUGCAGCUUCAGAUUACUAUUCAAGAAGAUCCUCCCGCAUCAACAUCAACUAGAGUGCAAAAGAUGAAACUUCAAGGGUUAAAUGAAGAGCUAGCUCGGGUACUAAAAACAAAAAAGUGUCUUGUUGUUAUUGAUGAUAUAUGGUCCAUUUCUGAAUGGGAUUCUAUCAAACAAUGUUUACAUAAUGCUGGAAGGAUCAUAGUCACGACAAGAGAAAAAAACAUUGCCAAACAUUGUUCAAUAGUAGACAAGAACAUGUACUGUCUUGAUGGUCUGAAAGAUGAUGCUGCACUUGACCUCUUCAUAAAGAAGGUAUUCAAGAAAAAUGCUGAAAAUAAUAAUUUAUUCCCAGCUAUGAUUGAUCAAGCAAGACUUCUAAUACAGAAAUGUGGCGGACUUCCCCUUGCAAUAUCCACUAUAGGUGGUUUCCUAGCCACCAAGCCAAAAACUGCUAUUGAAUGGAAGAAGAUGAGUGACGGUAUUAACACAGAAUUGGACAUAAAUCCUGAACUUAGGGAAAUAAGGACAAUUCUUAUGAGGAGCUAUGAUGGUUUGCCAUACCAUCUCAAGUCUGCUUUCUUAUACCUCUCCAUUUUUCCGGAAGACCAUAGAAUUAGGUGGGGUCGCUUGGUGAUGCGGUGGGUUGCGGAGGGUUACUCAAGGGAUAUGCAUGGCAUUACUGCAAUUGAACUUUGUCAGAGGUAUUUUGAUGAACUCUUAGAUAGGAGUAUGAUCCUGACAGGGGAAGGGACAGACCAAUACAGUCAAAAAAUCAAUUCUUGCCAACUUCAUGAUAUGAUCCGUGAAAUAUGUAUCUCAAAGGCUAGGGAGGAAAACCUUGUUAUGAGGCUGGAGGAAGGAUGUUGUUUGAGCGACACACAAGGUGCAAUAGGGCAUCUUGUCAUAGGCAGCAACUGGAAAAGGGAUAAAGAAGUGCUGGAGAGCAAGCUAGACUUGUCACAUGUACGGUCAUUGACUGUGUUUGGAGAGUGGAGAUCGUUUUUCAUCUCUGACAAUAUGAGGUUCCUUCGAGUGCUUGACUUAGAAGACACACUAGGGUUAAGAGAUCAUCAUCUUGAUGAUAUUGGGCAGCUCCGUCACCUGAAGUAUCUUUCUUUUCGAGGAUGUAAAAACAUUUUAUACCUGCCUAAUUCUUUGGGAAAUUUGAGGCACCUUGAAAUGCUGGAUGUUAGAGGUACACGUAUAUAUGAUUUGCCAACAACAGUCACCAAUCUUCUGAAGCUACAUCACCUCCGUCAAGAUAGUUAUUGCUACAGCAUUUUUAUGCUCAAGGGAGAGCGCGACAUAGUUGGGAGGUAUGAAGAUUACACUAGACAUGCUUGCACACGUCGAAUAUGUGGCAUUUGUCUGUGCAGACGCCCUCUUUUCUUGAGACCACAAGUUUUAGAUGAUGGUUUGAAUAGGUAUGAUAUAUUCAAUCUAUACCGCUUUCAGCCGAGGCAUCAUCGAUUUGGCAUUACACAUCCUAAAGGGAUUGGCAAAUUGAAGGCCCUUCACACACUAGGUUUUGUGGAUGUUUCCGGGAGAAACGGAAACACCACUAUAAAAGAGUUUGGAGAGCUUACUCAGCUAUGUAAGCUUAAAGUGGGUGGUGUGAGCUACCAAAACAUCAGUGAGUUAUGGUAUGCCAUUGCUGGUCAUAAUCAUCUUCAAUCUUUGUCAGUUGAAACAGUUGACAUUGACACGCACGAAGAGAAGAAUGUGUUAGAUGGCUGUUUGGGUGAGGAUUUGUUGCCACCAAGCAACCUCGAGAGCCUCACACUACAUGGUAAGCUAGUCAAUGUAACAGAAUGGAUCGAUAAGCUUCAGAAUCUGUCCAAGUUGGCACUAAAGUAUAGCAUGUUGGAGCAACAUAAGGCCAUACAAGCCCUUGGGUUACUACGAAAUCUUGCAGUUCUACGUCUGAAGGAUAACUCGUUUCAUGGGACACAGCUCCAUUUCCAGAGCUCAUCUUUCCCGAGUCUCAUGGUGCUGGAGUUGCGUUAUUUAUACAACCUCCAGUCGGCUCUGUUUGACAAAGGCACAAUGCCUAAGCUCGAGCUGCUACAAGUUUAUUCGUGCAACAGUGUGGAGCACAUCACCGGGCUGGCAGCCCUCACAAGGCUAAGGAAAUUCGGUUGUGGGCCUAUAAUAGUUUGAUCCAAGAGGUGCAGAGGCAGGUAGGGGAGCACGUCAGACUGAUUAAUAUUUGACUAAGCGCACACUGUGUUUGUGGG